UUUUUGAUCAGGGAUUAAGACGACAUAAAUAUGCGCGGGAUUUUUCAACAGUAAAUUUUUAGUUCCGCAUACAAAAAUCCCUGCUACUUGUGUUUGUGGUUUUUGGCUCAAUCUCUGCAGUUCCGAAAAUAAUUUGUAAAAGAUGUCAAACGAAAAUCAGGAAAAUUCUGGUGAUGGGGAGUUGCACAGCCCCAUUACAAAUAUGAUUCUGACUCGACAAAACCGAUUCGACGUGAGUCGAAUGAAUUCAAGAAAUUCUCAACAUCGGCACGAUCGGGCACCGCUGGGCGAUAUCAGCGCAGUCGCCAACAUCGUCAAUGAAAGUGGCAGCAUUGGUCCUAAAACUGACAAACCAAAGACAAUUGUUAUUGAGGGCAACAUCGGCAGUGGAAAAUCAACAUUACUGCAGUAUUUUGGUAAAAAGAAGGGCAUCGAAGUCUUCCCUGAGCCUGUGCACAAAUGGCAGGACAACCGAGGAUCCAACAUGUUGGAUCUACUGUAUCAGGAUCUGAGUCGUUGGAGUUUUGCCUUCCAAUCCUACGUGCAGUUUACCAUGCUGCAGGUGCAUCAGGCUAAGACAAAAAAACAGGUCAAGAUGAUGGAACGAUCGUUGCACAGUAGCAAGUACUGCUUCAUUGAAAACCUGUACCAGUCGAAGAAGCUACAGAGGCCCGAGUACAAUGUCUUGAGCGAGUGGUUUGAUUGGCUGCGGACGACAAAAGACCUGCACAUUGACCAUAUAGUGUACCUCCGUAGCACCCCUGAGCAGUGUGAGAGACGUAUCAUGGAACGGAGUCGUUCAGAGGAGUGCGGGAUACCUCUAGACUAUCUCCGAGAUCUUCAUGAGAUGCACGAGGAUUGGCUUUUCAGGAAGACAAAGUUUGAACUUCCUGCGCCAGUAUUGGUUCUGGAUGCUACACAACCCCUUGAUGAGAUGAUAGACCAAUUUACAUUCCUUGAGGAGAAACUUCAACUCCAAAAUCUAUGAUACAAUUCAUUCAUGUUUCUCAUGUUUUAGGACUGUAUAGAAAAUAGCACUAGUCGUGUAAAUAGGAAUAGAAAAUGUUAAUUUCUGUUACUGCUUUAACAUUAGUUAAAGCUUUUUAGACAGGAAAAAAAUGUGUAAACGAUUUUUAAUAUUCGCUGUGGACCAAACAAAACAAAGUUCAAAUUUUUUAAGUUUUGAUUUUUAAACUUAACAUAUAUGGCCCAAAACUGAUGUAUUGUUUGAUGCCACAUUCCAACCAGACCACUAUUUGACUUAAAUGAUAUUUUGCAGAUGUGGAAACAUAACUUCAACUUGAAAAAUUUACCCAAUUUUCCAUAGUGUACAUGCACGACCUUAUUGUCUGCCUUUUAUACAUACAUGUACGACUCAGGCACUUGUAAAAAAAAAAACAGGGUACAUAAUUAUUUUACAAUGCCUGGAAGAACACUUGUACAAAUUUGAUUUGAAACGCUUCUUUGUGACGUGAUUAAAUCAUGAGAAAAGAUGGUUGCAGGAUGCGUCUCUCGGUGAGUAAAAAAGUGGUCCAAAGAAAUUUAUUAUUAUCUGUAUAAUACAUGUGCAUGUAUUUGAAUUUGGUAUAUUUAAAGUAAUGUUUUUGAUAUGUUAUUGUUUUUAAAGUGCCCUCGUACUUCCAAUUUAAUAUGGUUUUUUUAAUAGUUUAUAGCAUGUAUUAAAGAAAGGUAUUUUAAAUUAAAAAUUUAAUAUUUCAAUUUACGAGCUAUGCAAACAUGACUAUUAAAGUAUGAAUUGUGAACACGUAUGAACCAUGGCAUUCAACGUUAUACCAAAAUAAAAAUAUCUUGUAACCAACUGAAAAGUGUUAUGAAAUAGACAGGUAUAUGUAAUCACUCCAAGACCCUGUAUUCCUUGUUUGGCAUUUUGGAGCAAGCAUGAUAUUACUUGACCGACGAAGGUAUGAAGAUGUUAAGACUUGUAGUCGUAUUUCUGCGCAAUUUGUUUUUAAUGUUUGUAUGAAAUACAGAAUGCGAGGUUUCAUAUCUGAAAUACAUGUACACUUUUUGCACAGAGCAUGGGUCUAGAUUGCUUGCCAGAAGGUAUUUAACAAACUUGGAAAAUCCUUGAUUUUGUAAGGAAUAAUAUUCAUCGUCAUGGGAAACUGCAAUUUUCUCUCAGGGAGGAAAGGGGUUGUAACUUUUUUUCCCUUUUUCUGCAUUUUUAAACAAGAUUUUGAUUGUUUGAUUAUGGUAUGCAGAUUGCAUUUUAUAAUACCUUCAAUGAAUAAAAAGUAUUUUAAUGUACUUAUUACAUGUAUCUCCAUUCCAUCAACCAAAUUUAGACUUUUUAUGCUUUUUGUAUCACUAUUCAGUUACAUACAUAUACUUUUGUAGUCUUUGUAUCGUAUAAUAGCCAAAAUUACAAAAGCUUCGGACAACAGCCAAACUGGAAUAAAAUUUGUAGAUUCUUGUACAGUAACUAUACACCAUUUUUAUUCAAUUUUAUUUACACAAAAAUCAAACUGUCAUAAUUUCAUGUGAAUGCUAACUAUUUAGGUCACUUUCUUCCAUUCAUGUGACUACCUACACUAUUUUUUAAAUACAUUUUAAUUACAUGAAGUAGGUUACCAUUUUUUGAGUUUCUAUGUAUGUACGUCAAUUUUAUGAGCCGAAUUGGUUUUUUAAAGCACGUCAACUUUUUGUUGUAAUGGUGAUAAUUUGCUGCAUGUAUCUACAGAAUAUGAAUUCAAUUAUCAAGAGAUUUCUUCCAAUGACAAAUAAACCAAUAAAACUACGUGUAUUUCUUUCA